AUGUACACCGAUCCAAAAACAUUGCCGAAAGACAUUAAAAACAAGUUACGUGAAACAAAUGUUGAUCCAUCGAAAUACAUAGAAAAAUUGCACGAAUGGCAACAGAAUGCAUUAGAAAAAUGCGGAAAAGCCACAGCACAUGCCAAACACAUAUUAGUUGAGCUUAUACAAUUAUGGGCAAGUGAUAAAGGCAUUAAUCCUGAUGCUAGUAUACUAAACCAUCAAGAAUGGCAAACGAUUCAACAUGAAAUUGACAACUGGCAGGAUGGACAUGCUACUAAACUACUCUUGCAUGUCCGUGAAACGGUUUUCAAAAGAGUUAAAACAUCUAAAAUGAAAGCGGACCGAAAUACACUGAUUACGAGACUAGAUGCUCAACAUUUUACAAAAGUCGAACAAGAGCGAAUCAAUUUGUAUAUGAACUUGCAUAUAAAAAUGCAAGAAGUGAUAACAGAAGUUGAAAAACUCGAAGCACGAACGAGAAUGAAAGCACCACCAUCGUUAAAACGUCUCGGUAUAUCAGUGGAAACAAGUCUACCAUUAGUCACUGCCGAGUUGACAACCAUACAAAACGAAUGGGAUACAGCGAUUCUGAGUGCUAAAACAACAUUACAAAAAUGUCUACUAGCACUCAAAAAGCUUGCACAUACAAAAAUAGACGAACAGAUGAAUAAAAUGUGGAAUGAUGAAGAAAUCAUUCCUGAACACUGUAGUGCCCUCAGCACCAAAAUUGUUGAGAUUGAUGAGAGAUUAGCAACGUUUGAUAGAACAAUUUCGAUCCACUUUUUAUUAUCAAAACAUUCAAAAGCCGCAAACGAUUAG